CGUCGCAUAUGUCAGAUGAUUUUUUAUGCUCGAACAUCCAAUUGUUGAGAAAAUGGCAAAAUAAAAUCCUUUAACUUUUUAAAUGUGAUUGAUUGAAGUUACGAUUUUCUCACUCCAGAUAUUUACUAUUAUUGUGUAUUUAAGACAAUGUAGUGUAGUUGGCCGGGAUUUAAAAUUCGCAUAAUGGAAAUCUCCGGUCCAGGAAAGACACCAAAUUCAUCUCUGACAUUCAGAUAUAAUGCAAAUAAUGAGGAGCUUGAGGAAUUAUACCGUGUAUGUGAUGAUGAUCCACCUACUCCUCAGUGUGACCCUCCAUCUAGUGCCCAAAGUGAGAAUGCAAGCCCCAAAAGAGGUGAUAAGUCCUCUUCAUCUAUUUUAGACAAGUAUUUCAAAUCUAUGCGGGCAGAAAAAGUAGAUAAAUCUGAAGAUGCUAAAAAUGUGGAAGCAAAAGGAAGUGAAGAGACGAAAACUACUCCACAGAAAGAGAUAACAGCAUCACCUAUGAAAGAAUAUCUCAACCGUCUGGGCAAGCGUAGUACUUCAGAAACUAGCCAAGACAAGGAUAGUAAUGAGACUUGGAAAAUAUUUCAUGACUUUAAGUUUAAAAUAGCUCAGGCUGUAGAAGACAUGAAAACACGAUCUGUUGAAGAAACUAAAGAAAAAUCAGUCCCAAGAGAGAAUUCAACAUCAGAUUCAGAGGAAAACUCAGCAGUAAAGGAUGUGGACCAGCAGAGUGUCGGGGACACAGACAAUCAAGUGUCUUCGCUGGACAGCAGCAUUCAAAAUUUGUCUGAAAUGACGCAACCACUCACCGCGAAAGCGACCGAACGAGAAGCCAGUCUUCCCGCUGAUAACAAGAACUCGGAAUCUAGUGACGAUACACACAAAAAUUUAGCACUCAGCGAAUCGGACGAUAUCUCUAAGGACUUUCUGAACGAUAGUAACCUGUUGGAAGUUGAGUCUGGUGUUGAAGCAUUAGAGGAUACAUUAGAUGGUUAUGCUGAUGUACCACAUACAGAGGGGGAAGACAGGAAUAUUCUCCAAAAUGCUGAUAAAACUCCCCCACAGUUACCAUCCAGAGAUUCGCCAACAAGUUUUGGGUUGCCGCCAAGCAAAACUAAUAUAACAAACUCGCAAGAAGAAAUUGUACCGAAGACUUAUUUCUUCACUUUUUCUAUGUAUUUCUUAACGUUUUUGUUGUUCUUUAACUUCUUAUUGUUUCCUAAAUGGAAUAUUUGGAAUGGCUUCUUAUUGGGGCUGUGGUUUUUUAGUUUUUUUAGUAUCUGUAAGCAAUGGCUGCUGGAUAACUACUUUAGUGACGAUCCCAAAAGUAGUUUCUUCCAGAUGAAGCGCAGCAGUUUGACGCCUCUCACUUAUACGAUACCAUCAGUUAAAGAACACACACCAUUAAAGAAAUAUGAGGGUUGGAUUAAUCAUUAUAGAUAUCCAGACUAUGAUCCUUUUACAUAUACUAUUACAAAGACAACAACAGCAUUUAUGAAACUAGAAGGCUGCAACCUAAGGAUAUCUUAUACAAGAACAAAGGUGUCUAAAAAGGCGCUUUGGGACGAGAAAAUAGAAAAUGUAGUAUUUUAUCAACAUAGACUGUAUAAUUUAACUGGAGCGCGUGUUAUAUUAUUGCCAAAAGGGCUCGUAAGGAGAAGACAAUGGAGUAAAAAGUACCCAAUCUGCAUAAUUCUAAGCGAAAGUGAGAAGAUCCAAGUAUUGGAGAAGGAAACAGGUUUGGGUGAUAAGAAGCCUUCUGAAAGUGUCACAGAUAAGAAGAGUAAGGAACAACAACAUGAGGUGGAGACGGUAGAGACCAAUACUAGCCCGGAGAAGAAGAGGAAGUUCGUUUGGAGAAGGAGGGAGAAAAGUAUAACUCAUACCGACAGUGAAACAGGUAAAGAAGGGCUUCGACACAGAUUCGUUAGAAAAAUGCAUAGAGAUAAGAAACCAGACAACAUACCAAUAACAACGGAGCCAGCGGAAAGUCAGACUCAAGUGAAUCCGCCGGAGAAACUUGAGGAACCAUUCCACGAUGCCGAAGCGGAUUUGUCGACAAAAUCCGUCACCAGCACGAAAGAAGAAGACGAGGAAUUAGAUGAGACUGAACUGUCGAGGAUUAAGGAGUGCCUUGAAGAAGCCGUGAGUAAAAAGUCGUGCAUGGUAGGCAAGAAAGAGGCCGAAGCGGGGCCCGACGCGAUGGCGGAGGGCGAGUGGAGCGUCCACGUGAAACAGUCCAGAGACAAACACUCGCUUUUGUAUCUGUUCACGCGCACGGGCAGAGACAAGAUUGAAUGGUUUCGUCGGCUGUCUACCGCGAUAGCAGAAGCCAACGCGUCCGCCGACGCUUCCCCAACAGAAGAUAAGUCUGGCAGUGAACCCGAGAAGGAAGUCUCAGAACACGCGUUCUACAGGAUUAGUGAUAUGAACACUGUCUCCUUCGCUAAGUCGAACAAAAGCUGCGAGUCGGUGUCAGAGAACGUGACGAUAUCAUCGUCGACGUCCGCGCAGCCGUCCAUGGAGUCCUACGAGAAGAAUUUCUGGCCGUACAUUUUGAAAAUUAUUCAGAAUAAAAGUCAGUCGCCGACGACGGAAUGCCAGAUGUUGCCAGCCGACGUGCUGUGGGUGAACACGGUGCUGGCGCGCAUCAUGUACGACGUGAUGAGUGACUCCGCCAUCAUCGCGCGGCUGCAGAACCGGAUCCAGAGGAAACUCAACACGCUCAAGUUGCCGUCGUUCAUGUCGCCGCUGUGCGUGCGCGAGGUGUCGCUGCGCGGCGCGUGCCCGCUGCUGUCGCGCGUGUCGCGCCCGCACUGCGACGCGCAGGGCGUCUGGAUCGACGCCGACCUGCGCUACGACGGCGGCGCCCACAUCGCGCUCUUCACGCAGAUCAACCUGCUCAAGCUCAAGGAGAAGAGCGUCACUUUAGAAGAUCAUAUAUUAGGAGCGGCUGAUGAAUAUUUAGAAAAGGAGUUAUCAGGAGGCGCUUCGAGCAACUACUUUGAGCAGCGGAGAAGAAAAUUAGCGGUAUACGACUCGGAGGUAGAAGAUUCGGCGGAAUCGAGUUCCGACGACGACGCGGUGUCCGUGCAACCCGUCGACAGCACGGACAACUUCCCCGCCCCCGACUCCGCGCCGAACGUAACUGAAGGAAGUUCUUCAAAGAAGAAAUUCUUAAGAAUGGUCGACAAAAUAGCUACAAACAAAUAUUUCCAACAGGUGACAGACUACAAAUACGUGAAGCGAGCGAUGGAGGGCCUCUCGAACACGGACAUCAAGCUGCAGGUGGAGGUGCAGGCGCUGUCGGGGCGCCUCACGCUCAACCUGCCGCCGCCGCCGCACGACCGCGUCUGGGUCGGAUUCCGUACGAACCCGCAACUGGUGCUGAAAGCGAAGCCAGCGGUGGGAGCGCGCGCGCUGCGGUUCGCGCACAUCUCCAACUGGAUCGAGCAGAAGCUCAGCAAGGAGUUCGAGAAGAUCCUCGUGCUGCCCAACAUGGAGGACAUCAUCAUCGACAUCAUGACCCCCACGCCCGUCGACUACGAGUGAACGACUGCAGCUCUACGCCGGGUAAUAUUAAAAGUUUCACGUACAUAGCGCUGGAGUAUUUCGAAGUGUUUCAAACUCUUGACUGACGUUUUCAUUAAAAGUUAAAUAUGUUUUGCCUCGUAUUUUCAAGAUAGGAAAGUGGGAUGGGGACAAAACAUAUUUCAACUAAGCGUUCGCUAACUUGAUUAAUGACGGUAGUUUAUUUUCAUAUCAACCUUGACAUCAACCUUGAGAUCAAAUUUGUCACUGUCAACACUGUCAACUCAGUCAGUCUCUGUGCAGGUGUCAAUGUUGUGAAAUACCUCCAGUUCCACUAGCGCCUCCUAGCGGAGAGUAGUCGGCCCAAUGCCUACAAAGUUUGUUAGGACUGCAAAAUGUUCCGAAUAAAGUUCAAAGUUAUCCCAAGUAUAUAUAUGAAAAUAACGACUUAAAAUACCAGCUGACAAAAUGGUAAUAAAUAUUCCUAUGAGAUUUUAUGCAUUUUCAUAUUAUUUUUAGUAACUUCGGUCCGAAAUUGUUUUAGAAAAUUCGGACCCACCCAAUGAUUGACUAAAUCAUUUAUAGACCUGCGCAUUAUAUAAAAUGUCAUAUUACAUUAAUUGACUUAUAUAUUAUCAGCCAUUUCACAUAACAAAAUUUAAAAUCUAAUGUAUCAUAAAUGAAGUUGACUGUAUUCAGGAGGCUGAAAAUGUUUAAAAUUUAACAAUGUAAUAUAAUUUUGUAAUUACUAAUUUUGUGUAGAAAUUAACUCUAUUGUGUGUUGUUGUUAUAAUAAAUGUUUAUAAACUUGGCAACACCAUAAAUGGGGAAUAUCUAAACUUCAUUACUUAACAAAAACAGAAUUAUGAUUACGUUUUUCAAAUAACUUUAAAGUUCUCGUAGAGACGGUUUGGAUUAUGACGUCAGCCGUUUUGAAAAAAAAAUUAAAUAAUUGUUUGAUUAUAAAUUCUUAUCAUUUCAGCGAAUUGCAUAUUUUAAUUAUAUAUUUUGUAAAUUUUCAUGUUUAUAAAAAAUAUUAUCAUAUUCCCUAGUCUAACGAGUAACAUGGCUAAAUUAAAACGUGCGCAACGAAGGACAUACCAGUAAAUGUUUGUAUAUGUAAGAGGAUAUUUGUUAUUAAAAUUUUGCGCAUUUAUCAGAACACUUAUAAGCAAAUAUAUAUUUUUAUUUAUAAAAUUAUCAUGCAUUUUGGUGUAAUGAAGUUUAAUAUUAAGUUUUUGUUUUCAUUCAUGUAUUAGAUAGAGGAUUAAAUUAAUUUGUGCUACCUAUUAUAU